AUAUUCAAACGAUUUGGUACUCGAAAAGGUGUUAGAUGUAUUUGAAAUAAUAUAUACACCAAGUAUUCUAUUUUACGAAAUCGUGGUUUAAAACAAAAUCGAAUAAAAUAAGAAAACAAAAAAAAAAAAAGAGUUUUUCUUUUAUUGAAAAGUAUACAAACGCACAUUUUCGUCAAUUUCGUCGUGAUAAACGGAAAAUCUGGAAAAUUAAUUCGGUAUAUAACGGUUGGUUUAAAGUGUGAAGAAAAUUCUUUAUUAAAUAAAAUUCAAAAAUUUUAGUGUUAAACAUUGUGUAAAAAUUUUGGCAAAUACAUAGAAAAUUUUAAGAAAAAAAUUGCUAUAAAAUUUUAAACAAAAUCAUGUAAAAUUCUCAAGUUUGGCUUAUAACCUAAAUCAAUAAUAGUUAAAUAAUAACUACAGCCAAGUGUUUUGUUUAACAAGAAAAAAAAAAAUUAUAAAUAAAAUCCUUAUCAAACCAUAAAAAAGCUUAUUUUAACACAAAAGAGCAGAAAAUAAUAUAGAAAAAAUAUUAAUUUCUAUAUAUAUGUAUAUGUGUGUGAGUGAGUGUUUAAAAAGGAUUAAAGUGCAAAAAACAUAUAAAUAUAUUAUAUUGCAGUGUUAGCACUAUAACAACAAUAACAAAAAAAAAAUUCUUUAAAAAAACCACAACAACUACUUCAACAACAAUAACAAUAAAACGAAAACAACAGCAAUAAAAGCACAACAAUACAAGGAUUAAACAAGGAUUAUUUAAACAAUCUCUAGGAAAAUAUAAAAAAAGCAGACCUGAGACAAGCAACUGCAAACCCACCCACAAUCAUAUCCUUGGAACGUGCUUUCUAAAACACCCAAGUGUUGGCAAAAAUGUCGCGGUUUUUUGCAUUAUGAAAUUUUCCCUUUAAAUGUUAGAUUUCAGUAUAAUUUAAAUGAAAUCUUAAAUUAUUUUAAGUUCUAAGGAAGAAAACACCGUAAUAUUUUUUUUGUUAUUUUUUAAUUUUUUCUUAUUAUUUUUUUGUUAACCCAAAAAAAGGCAAAAUAAUAAUAUAAAGUCAAAUUUAUGUUUCUAACAUAAUUUCACGAAAAUUCUAAUUAAAAUUAUACAAAUUUAAAAAAAAAGAUAAAUUUUAAUAAUGUAUUACCACACCUGGUAUUAUGUGACAAUUGGACUGUUUAUAAAUGGUUUUGGUUUUAAGGGACUACAAGCUGAACAGCAUCCAGCCACAGCAGAUGAAGGUCCUUUAUCUGAAGUACAAACAGCCGUUGGUUUAGAGGUGGCAUUACCUUGUGAUCUCAUGCCCGGCACUAUGAUAGCCGAUAAAGUACAAUUGGUGAUAUGGUAUAGACAAGGAAAUGUUAAGCCUAUAUAUACUUUUGAUGCCAGAGGUCGUUCAUUACAUCAAGGUAUACCCUGGGCGGAUGAGAAUGUUUUUAAAAAUAAGGCACAUUUUUAUUAUGACUCAAAUCCGCCAGCUUUAAGGAUUAAAAAUAUACAAAUAAGUGAUGCGGGUCUAUAUAAAUGUCGGGUUGAUUUUCAUAAAUCACCGACACGUAAUUGGAGAAUUAAUGUAACUGUAUUGGUGCCGCCCACACAACUGACAAUACUGGAUCACCAGGGUGCUGCUGUAAGAGACCAAACAGCCGGUCCCUAUUUGGAAGGUGACAGCAUUAAUUUAACAUGUUUAUCGAGUGGUGGCAUACCACCACCUCGUGUUUCAUGGUGGCGUGAACAUGCUUUAGUCGAUGAUUCAUUUCAAGUGCUACCAGAUGGUACAGUGCGCAAUGUGUUGCAUUUGAAAAAUAUUUCACGCAAGGAUUUGUUAACGGUUUAUACGUGUCAAGCCAGUAAUGGUCAUGUUGUGGCAGCUUUAACCAAAAAAGUUAUAUUGGACAUGAACUUACCCCCUUUAAGUCUGCUAUUGCAGGGUUUAAAUCAUGCCUUAGUAGCGGGGACCAGAACCCAUGUUACCUGCACAGCAGUGGGUGCUCGACCAGCACCACAAAUAAUAUGGUCCAAAGGUGGACAACAGAUUAAAGGUGCUACACAAUCGACUUCCAGUGAUGGCAAUACCACUGUCUCCGAGUUAAUUUUAAUACCCGUACCCGAGGAUAAUGAACGUCAAGUACAAUGCUCAAUAUCCCUUAAUCCCAGCAUGACCUCACAACAUUUACCCGAAGGUCAUACCACUAUAACAACGGUUAUGGCUAAUGGUAAUACCGGUUUAUAUUUGAAAGACUCUAGGGUAUUAAAUGUCACACAUGCCCCCAUUGUUUCUUUAAGUCUGGGUGCUCCCUUGGAUCCAAAUAAUUUGUUAAAAGGUUCUGAUGUUUAUUUGGAAUGUGAAGUUAAGGCUAAUCCAGGCAUUACCAAAGUGGAAUGGUAUCACAAUGAUAAACAAUUGCAUUCCUCUCGUGGUAUUAUUAUCUCCAAUCAAACUUUGGUGCUGCAGGGUAUACCAAAGUCUUCCCAUGGCCAGUAUUUUUGUCGUGCCACCAAUAUACAGGGCAGUGUUUCCAGUAAUGAAGUUUAUUUAGAUGUUAAAUACCCACCUGUUUGCAAAUCGGAUUCAACAAUAAUACGCGCCGCACUUAAACAAACCAUUAAUAUAACAUGUCAAGUGGAUUCGAAUCCUCUUGAUAAUCUAAAUUACAAAUGGCACUUCAACAACUCACUUGAGAGUCUUAUUGAGUUGCCUUUAAAUAUGGGCAUGAUGAUGAUGGGAGGAGGUCUGGCGGCCUCAUUGCAUACUCCCUUAAAUGGUGUGGGCUCGAAUGGUGGCUUACAUCAUUUGCAGCAGCAGCAACAACCACAACAUCAGCAAAUGUUAUUACAUGCGGAUGCAAGUCACGCUUCCGCCGGAUAUUAUCAACGUAGCAAAAGGAAGCAUGGCCAACAACAGCAACCCAUACAAGCCAAAGUUAUACAUGGUCGUCAUGGUCGUGUUGCCUUGCGUGCUGUGGCCCCACUAACGCAACAGCAGCCAACACCACACUUCGAUACCUGGUCAAAUGUGCAAUUCGAAGAUGAUUUCGAAAUUGACCACCAUCAACCACUAUAUGAUGACAAUCACAAUACCCACAUACCUGACACACAUCAUGCUGAUGCUGACCAUGAUGAUGACGAUGAUGAAACCGUUAAUGGUGUUUAUAACGAUGAUUUACCCUACACCCAAAUGGUCUAUUCCAAUUUGAUAUAUAAAAAUCAUUUAGACAACAAACAACGUGGCAACAAACAACAAAUACCAAACUAUCAACAACAACACCAACAGCUGCACACGCAACCCUUGCAUGACAUUACGCACAAUAAUCAAUAUCAGUUGGCCGAACGUAAACGUUUGACAGCUUUGCAUAAACAACAGCAACAACAUCAUCGUGUUGUGGUUACUACUGCCACACCACCGCCUCCACCUUCAAUGGCUCCUUUGAACAAUGUCUACUCGUAUCACAUUGAUUCAUAUGAAAGUUUUGGUGCGAUUUCAUGUGUGGCCAGCAGUCCAAUGGGUCAAUCACAACCAUGUUGGUAUCACAUACAACCAGCAGAUCUUCCCGAUCCAGUUAAGAACUGUACAGCCUACAAUGCAACCGCAAAUUCUAUGCAGAUUCAAUGUAUACCUGGCUAUGAUGGUGGUAUACCACAACAUUUUCAUGUACAAGUUUAUGAUGAAUUGAAUCGUCAAAUCUUAUAUAAUACUUCGUUUCGUAAUCCUGAAUUUACCGUUAAACGUUUGCCAAGUGAUUCGGUAUUUGUUAUACGCAUAACUGCGGUCAAUGCUCAAGGUGCUAGUAAAAUCUCUUAUCGUGUACGUGGUCGUACGCUAUCGGCACCACUGUUGAGAACAGCAUCCUCUACGGCGGUUUUAGUUCAGCUAACACCAUUGCUAGGAGCAUUGGUUGGUGUCAUAGCAACACUUGUACUGGUGGCCAUUUGUAUUGUGAUUUUCAUGAAAUUUCGUACAAAACACACACGUCGCGGCCCAAAUGGUGAUACCACAACAACUGAAGCAGACAAAGGUAGUGCUGAACCACUCUCACGCAACAUGGGCAGUCAUUCAAGUUUAGAGGAUAAAAAUCCUGAUGUUAUACCACAGGAAACGAACAGUGAAGAUGAAUUUCAUUUAGAGGAGAAAGCAUUCGAUCGUUUGAAUAUGGAAUCACAGCGUAUUUUGUAUACACCCACAUCUAGAAUAAAUACACAAUCACCACCACCGCCCUCACUAUCGCCAACGUUUGGCAAACAGUAUGGCGAACUAUCGUUGACAACAAAUCCCGCCUUUAGUCUCUAUAAUACACCACAACGAGCUCCUGCUACUCAAAGACCUGUUUAUACAGCCCCACCACCCCUACUAUCGACACGAACGCCACCAAAUAUUUACACACGCAUACCCGGACGCACCUAUUUACCAGCUUAUGAGACACGCACAUCACCCACCUCUCCCUACGGCUCAACGACAACCUGCACCAUGCCACUCUUGGGAGGACAAUCGAAUGGCUCAUUACAAACAAACAGUAGUACAGGUACUGGCAUGAUUGGCAGUAUGUCUGGUGUGGGGGGAGUUGGAGGGAAUAGUAUUGGCAGUAGUGGUAGUGGAGGUGGUGGCGGUACACUAAGUUUAACCAGCGGCAAUUCAAUGGGCCACUGCAAUACAUUGCCACAUCCUAAUACACAACAUCAACAUCAAAAUCCAAUAUCAACAGCGUUGACCUCAUCGCUAACAUCGGGGAAUAUAACGAUUGGUGCUGCACAAUCCCUGCUCACGUCACCGCGUACUCAUUCGGCGUAUAGUAAUUCAACGACAACAACAAUACAAUCACCACUUCUAGCCACUAGCACUCUAUUGGGAAAUGGAAAUUAUGAAACGAUAUCUUCCUGAGAAUUACCUAAAGAUGACAUUAAAUGUCAGAUUGUAUGUAUUGGUGGGAGUAGUACGUGUACGACAACAACGUCCUCGGCGGAACGUACAACAAUUGUUUAGAGUGUAGAUAUGAAUACAAAAUAACAAACAAACAAACAACCAGAAAAUAAUAUAACAAAAUUAUAUUUUUAAGGAUUUUUUUUUAUAGGUUUUUUGUUAAUUUUUUCUGUAUUAUAAACUAUGUAAGGGAAUAAUUAUUAUUUCUAUUAUUAACUUUUGUAUUAGUUGUUGUAGAAAACUGACAAAAUAAAUUAUUUUUUCUGUAGAUUUUAAAUGCGAAACGAAACAUUAAAGUGUAACAGUUUUAAACAAACUAAGGCCUCUAGGGAUGAGGAAAUGUAAAACGAACAAAAAACUUUGGACUUUUUUAAAACAAGUCGCCAUGGAGUUAAUUUUGUUAAUGUCAUGAUAAUAAAGCCUUUUAAAAGUUUUUUUUUUUUUAAUUAAUUUUAAAUUUAGCUAUUAGUCCCAACGAUUCUAUUUAAUAAGAUAGAUAAAAGGAAAUUUUAAGGUCCGUCUAUUUGUAAUUUGUCAAACAAUCUCUGUAUCUAAGGUCUUUCCUUAUGGAAAUUACUACAAAUCGAUCGAUGUUUAUUUCCCUUUCGUCAUAUUUUAAACAGUCAAGUACAGUCCUAGGUGCUCCGUUUUGACAUGUUCACACCAUUAUUGCUAAAAAAAGCUUUUAAUGGAGCAAGAGUUACAUAUGGGCAUAAACGCAUAAAGCUUUUAUAAAGAAUUUAAACGUGAUCGUGUUGAUAAGUGAAUCAUGGACGUUUAAGUCUUGAAGGGUACUCCGUAAAGAGCCUAGGACCAGUAAAGUCCUAGCAGCAAGAAAAUUGGCAAUAUGAUUAUGAAGUUUAUGUUAGUUAGUUCUGCCGAUUUAAAUGGCUAUAUGGUCAUAAUAUGGUGUCCAGUUGUAAGGAGGCUAAGUGAAAAACGGGAGCAUUUUAUCCAUUUUCCAUAGACUUAGUUUUUAAACCGAACUUUGGAAAAUUUCGACCUGUAUCUUAAGCUCAAGAUUGACAGAUGAAAAGACAGACAGAAGGGUGUCCAGUUGUAAGGAGACCAAAUCAAAAAAUGUAUAAUUCUAACCAUUUUCAUGCCAAAUUUCAUCAAAUGAUCUUUAAAAUUUCGAUCUAGAUCUCGAGCACAAGAUUUACUUUGACAUUCAGAUGGACGGACAAGUGGACGGACAGACAGGCUGAAGGGUGUCCAGUUGUAAGGAGGCUAAAUGAAAAACCAUUUAAAAAGUUUCCAAUAGUCUUAGUUCUUAGGCAAAAUUUAGCCAAAUUCCAUUAAAUUAUCUUGAACAUUUCGAUCUGUAUCUCGAGCACAAGAUUUACUUUGAUACAUAAACGGACAGACAAACUGAAGGCUGUCCAGUUGUAAGGAGGUUAAGUGAAAAAAUGUGCAAUUUUAAUCAUUUUCAAUUGUUUCAGUUCUUAGACCAAAUUUUGCCAAAUUUCAUAAAAUUAUCUUGAAAAUUUCGAACUGUAUGAAGAGCACAAGGUUUACUUUGACACACAGACGGACAGACAGACAGAAGAGUGUCCAGUUGUAAGUAGUCUAGAAAAAAGAAAAACGGAAGAGUAUCCAGUUGUAAGGAGGCUAAGUGAGAAUUAGGCCGAAUUUAAUUUAGUUAAAUUAUCUUGAAAAUUACGAACUAUGUAUAUCUUGAGAACAAGUUUUUGACACACAAAGAGAGACAAAGAGAGACAGACAGACAGACAGACAGACAGACAGACAGACAGACGGACAGACAG